AUGGGAAUCGAACUACCUCAGAGUUUCCAAGUACUCACUUAUGCUGGCAUUUGGAGACCUCUUGAAUGGAAAGGGUUAAAAGCACGAGCUUACGAUUUAUACACCAGUAUAGUAAUAUUUUUUCAUUUAUCAUUUUUGACAUCUGGAUUACUGGAUAUGGAGUUUGAAAAUUUUGAAUUUAUUGCUAUGGUUGAUCACGUGUCACUGGUAGUGGGAUAUGUUCAAAACAUUCCAAAAAUAACUAGCAUUCUAAAUUAUCGUCAGGAUAUUAUUGAAGUAAUUGAUAAACUGCAAAUUCAUCCGCUUCGAUUGAAAAACGCUGACGAGGAACUGACUCAUGCGAAAUAUGAUCGACUUGACAGAAUGAUCACUUUUUGGUUUCCAAAGUUAGGGAUGACUUCAAUAGCGUGGUAUACAAUGAGACAUUUUGUUGCGAUAAAUACGGCGUAUGGAUUACCUUACAGAGGAUACUUUCCAUACAAUUAUACGGUGAACCCCGUAAUUUAUUGGUGCACAGCUGUCGAACAAAUGUACUCCGUCAUAAUUCUUGCUGUUGUUAAUGCAGGCUUUAAUGUAUUUUUGCCGACAAUGAUGUUCCAAGUUUGUGGUAAGCUCACUGUACUUCAACAUCGUUUCAAAUUACUUAUCAAAAAAUUGGAAAUUAUUGCUUCUACGGACAAACAAAUUUUAAGUGAAGAUAAAUUAAAGAAAAUUGAACAGCAAUUGUUAUGUGAUUGGGUCGAGAAUCACAUAGCUAUUCUCAAUUUAUUCAAAUUUACCAAUAUACUAUUUUCAAAGGCGGUAUUCAUUCAUUACGUUACAAAUACAGUUGUAUUAUGUACUGUCGCAUACAUGUUAUCCCAAACUCAAAUCGAUGAUCUGAAUUUUGUGACAAAUGUGUUUUUUUUUAUUGUCAUGUGUUCGCAACAGUUUUUACAAUGUAUCACCGCUCAGCAGGUAACAAUAGAGUUUGAAAACCUCCGUAAUGAAAUUUACAAUAGUGACUGGCAUUCUUCAAGAACUACUAUAAUGAAAUCGAUGUUAAUUAUAAUGUGCAAAACAUCUCAACCUGUCGUUUUCAUCACGGGACACUUCGUUGAUUUGUCAUUAGAUUCAUUUAAAAAAAUUAUAAAAUUAUCUUAUACGAUUUUUAACGUACUCGAAUAA